AUGUACACAGAAGUUGAUGUAUUCGUUAGUAAUUAUACUCUAAUUGAUCCUGAAAUAUACCAACUGUGGAUUGAAGGCUGUUCCUCGAGUGAAGCAGUAUCCACGCUACAUCAGCGAGGAUUCGCCAAGCAGCAUGGAGCGACGGUGGAGCUCAUUGCCAGCGAUGUGUUGGAUCAUUACAGAACAUUCGCCCUUCUAGAGCGUCUCCUAACAGUUCCCUCGAAGCUGUCUGAACAGAUGAUAUUCCAGAUCGAUGACGCCACAAAACAAAUGCUGAUUGAGAAAUACUAUGACCUCGACGAUGCAGUGAUCAGGGAGCUGCUUGGUAGGAAACUGUCUUCACGACAUAGAAAGGAUCUUGACGAGGUAGCGGAGCGUUCAGGCGCGCCGCUCCGUUGUUGCCGGCGACAGUUCGACAACGUGCGGCGCGUGUUCAAGGCGGUCGAGGAGAUGCCGGGCAACGUCGUCGCCAACAUCAGGACCACCUUCCUACUGUCCGAGCCGCUUGCGAAGAAGUACGGCGCAGUGGUGUUCAUAGCGUGCAUGCGGUUCGAGACUGCGAAGCGGAAACUCACCUAUCUUACGUUCAACGACUUCUACCACUGCGCCCAGGCUAUAAUGUCCAGCUGGACAUACAGCUGUACAGGUCCGGAGUACUACGACACGGAGAUGGACCGCGAGUUCCUGCUGGAGCUCAGGGAGCUCAGGAUACUGCUGGACAAGGAGAAGGAACAUAAACAUUUAAUCUGCAUGCGUCUGCGUCCGAAGUUGUUGGAGAAAUCUUACCAAGAACUGGAGCUGAAUUUCAGACUAUACACGCGCGCCUUGGUCGGCCUGGCUUGCAACUUACACCGCGGUAGAGAGCUGAGAUCAUUAUUCAUUGAUCUUCUGGAAAGAUGUGUAGAGCCACUGAGGUUGGGAUCUUGGCCGAAGACAGACCUAGCGCAAUUCCUUUGCGCGUACGAACAAUGCGCGCUGCAGAUGGACGUGUUAAGAGAAGCUGACUUGAAGAGCGUUUGGGAAAGAUACAUGCGAGUUAUAAGCCAAUGUCUAUUGACUAUGUAUCAUGUGUAA